GAAAGAACGAGGAAAUUCACAACAUUUCAACAUUUUCAUUUUCCCAACGAUUAUAAAAGCAAAAAAAAAUGUCACGAUCAGUCAAAUCAAACCGUCAGUUUCAGCUAGAUAAUCGCUGAAGAAUGCAGCGUAAACGAUUACCUCUCGCAGCUGCGAUGUAUACAAAUAUUGACGGCUAGUUUUCGCAUUUAAUCAAGGAGCGCUCGUACGGUCAGCCGCUAGUAUCGAUCAGCGGCAAUAGAAGACGGUGGGCAAAUUUGCGCUGAACAUCGUGAAACGUUACAACUGUGGGGAAAAAAUUGGACAAUUCAUUUAAAGUGAUCCUUUGCUGGAACAAGUUAAGCACUUGAUCUUCUGUACGUCGUAAUUUCAGUGUUCAAGUUCACCCGCAAACCAAAAGCAAAGAAACGCACGGAACGACGGCCACAAGACGAGAUGACCGCUGCGUUAUGGGUCGUGCUUAUCUUGGGUCUAUCAAUGACCCAUUAUUCAGGGGCUUCUUACGAGUAUCAGAUUAAAACGAUCGACGUCCCAAUCGACCAUUUUACGUACACAAGCGAAGCUACUUUCCAACUGCGCUAUCUGAUCAAUGACACCUAUGGCCAAAACACCAACGACCCCUACCGACCGAUUUUAUUCUACGCUGGAAAUGAAGGUGACAUCGAAUUGUUCGCGCAAAACACUGGUUUCAUGUGGGAACUGGCACCAAAGCUGAAGGCAACCCUUUUGUUCAUAGAACAUCGGUUCUACGGUCAUUCGCUUCCUUUCGGGAACGCGUCGUUCGAUUCUCCAAAGAAUUUAGGCUACCUUAAUUCUGAACAGGCUCUGGCUGAUUUUGCACUGGUGCUGCGAACGCUUAACCCGAUUAAUGGUACAAACCGGGCCCGACCUGUCAUCGCAUUCGGAGGAUCUUACGGUGGUAUGCUGGCUGCCUGGAUUCGUAUCAAGUAUCCACAUCUAGUAGCGGGUGCAAUAGCCGCAUCUGCCCCCAUACGUCAGUUCCAGGGCGUGACACAAUGCGGUAUCUUCAACCAAAUUCUUACAUCGGUGUACCAGGUCUCAUAUAACGCCGAGUGUGCAUCCAAUAUACGCCGCUCGUGGAGCAUGCUGCAAAACUAUUCGACCACUGGUGAAGGGCUGCGUGUGUUAAACGAAAAGUUUAAAUUUUGCACCAACCUUACUAAAGCUACGGAUGUAACGGAGACAUUUUUUGACUAUCUCACCGAUGUGUACGGGAACCUAGCAAUGAUAAACUAUCCGUACGAAUCGAGUUUCCUAGCACCCGUACCCGCUUAUCCGGUGCGAGAAUUUUGUGGCCGUCUGGACAAAAAUUACACCGGUGCCGAGUUGCUAGAUCACCUGCAGUCUGCAUUGUCUAUUUACACCAACUACGACGGGAAGGCAACCUGUCUCAAUAUCAACUCUUCAUACGAUGGUAGCGGUAUCGGCGAUCGUGGCUGGGACUUUCAAGCUUGCACGGAAAUGGUAAUGCCGAUGUGUGCUGACGGUGUACAUGAUAUGUUUCCGCCACAGCAAUGGAAUCUGCAAAGUUAUUCGGAUAAAUGCUUCAAGAAAUACGGCGUCCAUCCGCGACCCUCUAACGCACUCCUGAACUACGGUGGCGAGUUUCUCGAAGGGAGCAUCACCAAUAUCGUUUUCAGCAAUGGGCUACUAGAUCCUUGGUCCGGAGGCGGUGUAUUGCGGUCAACGAAUGACAAUGUCAAGAUCGUGCUAAUCCCCGAGGGUGCCCAUCAUAUUGAUUUGCGUGCGUCGAACCCGAAUGACCCAUCCUCAGUAACACGCGCGCGUGCCGUACACGUUCAAAACAUACAAAAGUGGUUGACUGAAUAUAGGAAGCAGCAAAAAGUGUAUUAGAAAAAGUUUGCAUGAUUAUCGCCGACAAAAGGGGGCGGAUUCUUGUGGUUUGAUUACCUGAUUAAAUUAUCUUUGAACCAUAUAGUGGCGAUUGUUUCACGAAGUCAUCCAGCUUUGUCUUAAAAAUGUCCGACGUGACAGGAGUCCCGAUAGUCCACAGGGGAUUUCGUACGACAUACUCAACCCAUAUCUGAUGUUACAAAUGCAGUUAAUAAAUAAAAUAUGGAAAGAACAACGCA